AUGGAUAAAAAGUUACAGUUUACAAAACACUUGUCUGAGAUAACCAUCUUCAAUCAGUUUAGGCCCAAAAAGCCCCCCUCACAUUCAAAAGUUUUGCUGAGAACAACAGCAGGAGAUAUAGAUAUAGAAUUAUGGUCAAAAGAAGCACCAAAAGCAUCUCGGAAUUUCAUCCAGCUUUGUAUGGAAGAGUAUUACAAUAACACAAUAUUUCACAGAGUAGUGCCUGGCUUUAUAGUUCAGGGAGGUGAUCCCACUGGUACUGGAACAGGUGGAGAGUCGAUCUAUGGAGCACCUUUCAAGGACGAGUUCCACUCACGGCUGCGAUUUAAUCGAAGAGGACUUGUUGCUAUGGCAAAUGCUGGGCCCCAUGACAAUGGGAGUCAAUUUUUCUUUACAUUGGGCCGUGCAGAUGAACUUAAUAAUAAGCACACAAUCUUUGGAAAGGUUACAGGGGAUACAAUAUAUAACAUGUUGCGUCUGGCUGAAGUAGAAGUUGACAAGGAAGAGAGACCUCUCAGUCCACACAAAAUAAGAAGCACUGAGGUUUUGUUUAAUCCUUUUGAUGACAUUGUUCCAAGACCAAAUAGAAAGCUGAAGAAGGACAAACCAGAAGAAGAAACUAAAAAGUCCAAAGUAAAAGGCACAAAAAAUUUUAACCUGCUUUCCUUUGGGGAAGAAGCUGAAGAAGAAGAGGAGGAAGUCAAUAGAGUUAGUCAGAGCAUGAAGGGAAGAAGUAAAAGUAGUCAUGAUCUACUUGCUGUCAAAAGUGAAGAAGCGAGUGAAGAAAGGGAUUUGAGUGAGGAUGAAGAGGAACAUGAUGAAGAUGCUGAUAGUGUAGAAGGAGAUGCUGCUACCAGUGAGAGGUUUCAAAUAAAAGAACGUAUUGCCAAGAAGUUAAAGAUUGAUACAAGUGAAAAUGCUAAACAGCAGCUUCAAGAUGAAGAAACUAAGACAGAAAAGAAAACAACUAGUCGCAGUGAGGAGCUACGUAAAGAAGCACGACAGCUGAAACGUGAAUUGCUGGAAGCAAAGCAGAAGAAAGAAGAAAGAGCUUUAAAACCUAAAGAAAAGGAAGAGGACGAACCUGCUCCAAACAGUGUUGUUGAAGAAUACCUCCAGGAGAAAAGAAAAUAUGAAGACAAGCGGAAACAGCAGCCAAAGAAAGGGGUUUCUCGAGAAGAUCAGACACUGGCACUGUUGGACCGAUUUAAAUCGAAGUUAACCCAGGCAAUUGAAGAAACUCCUGAAAAUGAGGUUUCUGAACCUGAAGCAGAUAAUGAUGAAGGAUGGAUGUCACAUGUACUUCAGUUUGAAGAUAGAAGCAGAAAGGUGAAAGAUGCAAGCAUGCAGGAUGAAGACACUUUUGAGAUCUAUGAUCCACGGAAUCCUGUAACUAAGAGGAGAAGAGAAGAAAGCAAGAAGAUAAUGAGAGAAAAAAAGGAAAGGAGAUAA